AUGAUACCCGCUCCGCAGCCCGACGUCAGUCAGCCAUCACCAGAAGCAGAAGCAGAAGCAGAAAUACGGAUCGAUUCUCCGAGGAAGAGGCACCGCAUGUCACCCACACAGCUUAUGCGUCUGGAAUCGCUCUAUCAAAAAGACACGCAUCCGUCAAGGCACAGGAAGAAUCAACUUGCAGGCGAGCUUGGCAUGGACUACAAAACCAUCACGAUCUGGUUUCAAAACAAGCGCCAAAUGGCAAAACGUAGUCAACCGAGCGCGCCUUGCUUACCGCUUCAGAUACGGAAUUCCGUUUCCCAAACCCUGGAUCACCAGCUUUCUGUGCAAUCUCUAUCAGUGCUCCGACGCGUCUCUUCGCCAUCGGUAAACGAUACUUUACAGCCCAUGAGUCCGCCAUCUGUUCGUUCUGAGAAGUCACGCAUAACCGUGACACCAUCCCUGCAAGAACAAGAGAGCGAUGUCAAUCAUGAUCUACCGAAGAAAUCACUGCAGGUCAAACCUCUCCUAAACUCCUUGGGUUCAUUGAUGUCUUCGAAAUCACCCAAGGCUUUGCACGAAGCACGACCGACAGCGGGAAGUACAACAGGCGUCCAGGAACUGUGGCAACACCUUCCUUCAUCACCAACAGCUCCAAGUUCAGUGUCCGACAGAAGAGGUGAAGUUCGUAGCCCUACCCGCGAUAAAAAGGACGUACGAUAUAGCAAGAGAGGCCUGACGCUCGAGUGGGCUUGCGACAGACAGACGAAACGUAGACGGGCAGGAAGAGACAAUGGUAGCGCCGCCGCCGGCUUGAGCAGGCUCUGGCCGCCAUUUGGGUCAUCGAAUCCGCGCACCAGUUCAGCACUUUCGUUACUCUCACUUGCCGCGGGAAAGGUCAGCACGUCUUUGUCCAUCGGUCCUACCCCUUCACAGGACGUGAUCCACGGAGCUUCGCUCCUGUUGAGCUUCAAACAUUCCUUGAGAGGACGCGACGCUGGGAAGUAG